AUGGGAAUUUCCAAGCUUGCCAUAAUAACUCUCAGUUUGGUGUCGUCACUAACCGCCGCUCACUCUUCUUGUGCAACAGAUGGCGCAUUUCCGACGGCCACGGUGGCUGGCGGCGUCGUCAUUGGCACAACCACAACGUAUCCUUUGUCAUCUGCGGCGCAUAUAAACAAGUACCUCGGUAUCCCGUUCGCACAAUCACCACCGGUUCGCUUCUCGCCUCCACAGAAACCUUUGCCUUGGAAUUCACCAUUGAAUGCUACACAAUUCAAGCCGGCUUGCAUUCAGCAGUUUAUUAGUGAUGAUUUCAGGGCAAUAUUCGACGAUCCACCUCUGCCAGAGAGCGAGGAUUGCCUCUAUCUCAACGUAUUUGCUCCAACGGGCACCGCUGUGGAUAGUGGCAAGCCAGUCAUGCUGUGGAUCCAUGGCGGCAGCCUGCAGCUUGGGUCAGCCAGUGUUCCAGAGUACGACGGCUCUGUACUGGCGGCGCAGCAGGACAUUAUUGUUGUGACCACAAAUUAUAGGACAAAUGUUUUCGGUUUCCCUACCUCCCCUCAGCUUGCCCCAGAGGAAAGGAAUCUUGGAUUCAUGGAUCAGCGACAAGCACUCGCAUGGGUAUCCCAGAACAUUCGGGCGUUUGGUGGGGAUCCAUCGAAAGUGACGAUUUUUGGUGAGUCUGCGGGAGCUUAUUCGGUUAAGCAGAUCCUCGCCAACCCACCGCGUCCAUCGCAAUUUCGCGGCGCCAUUAUGCAAAGUCAGGCCCUAGGGGAUCAGGGUGAUGGCGACAAGUCGUGGUCAGCCUUGGCUGACGCUCUCGGGUGUGGCUCGACAACAUCACAACUCGAGUGUGUACGCUCUCGCCCUACUGAUCGGAUCAGAUUUAUUCUCAACAAUCAAACCCUUGGUUUCCCACCAACUGUUGACAACAAAACCAAUUUUGGCAGUCUUGGGGAUGGGAUUCACGCCCACACAGUUGCCAAUGUUCCCCUUCUCAUUGGUACCAACGCCGACGAGGGCAGCAUCCUGACGUCCGUCAUGCCCGACUCUCAAACGUUGCUCGAAGGAAUUUUCGGUAAUGACACUCGGUCUCAAGCCUUGGCUCGCGCAGUCUACCCUCGUAACGCCACUGAGAACGAGCUGAAAUCCCGGAUCGUUACCGACUACCUCUACACUUGUUUGACCUCUACCAUCGCCAGCACUCUCAACAGUGCGGGGCUGAAGGUUUGGCGAUACUUCUUCAAUGCGAGCUUCCCGAAUAAUCGGCCCUUUUCCAGAGCUGGGGCCUGGCACACGUCAGAAAUCGAUCUCGUCUUCGGGACAUAUCCCAGGGAUAACCAGACCACGGACCAGCAAAUCAGGCUGAGCAAGCAUAUGCAGCAAUCUUGGGCUGACUUUGCCAAAGACCCACUAGGGGGCCCAGGAUGGGCAAGGGUGCGAAAUGGGACAGGGGACUUGCACAUAUUCGAAGCAAAUGGGGCAAGUGGUACGGGAUCUGUCAACGCAGAAUCUGUGGAUGGUGUUUGUAAGGUCUAUCUGCCAGUGAUCAUAAGGAAAAGUUUUUUCUAG